GUUGUGCGAAACGGGCAUCAACAGUUUUUUAGCGGUUUAUUUUCAACUUAAAAAACAAAACAAAAAAAUAAACUAGAAAAACAAAGCUAAAUAAAAACAAACCUCAUGUAAUUGAAACAUUCUACCAAUUUAAACUGUAAAUACAAAAAUACCAACAUUGUAAGAUCAAAGUGAAUAAAGUGUGACAAAAAGCGUAAAACAAACAGCAAACAACUAAGGCAAAAGAAGAGUAAAGACAAGUAAAAUUCCAUACCAUGGCCAUAGAGUCACGCUCUACGAGCACUGCAAGUGAAACAACCACAAAAACCGCCAUCAAAUCCACCAUAAGCUCAAAAUCUCCAGUAACAUUCGCUAAUCUUGGCGAGAAAAGACGCGCCGAACAGCUGUUCCGCUGCGCCUGCGCCAACUUCAAUCUCCUGCUGCUGACUUUGAUACUCGGUUUCGGCAAAUGCUGCACUGCCACGCCCACGCCGCUGAGUACGCCCUCAACGGACACGCCCACCGCGGCAGUUAGCCCACAUAGUGCACAGGCGCUGGACGAGGGCGGUUCGCUGAGCAAGCUGAUCGAUGGCAAGGCCUUCAUCAACAUGGGAUUCAAGUUCCUCAACGUUUCCGGAAAGAUUGGCACACCCCUCGGCAUAGGCCAAUCCCUGGAGGCCAAGUGCGAUGAGAAGCAGUUCCAGUGCCACAGCGGCGACUGCAUUCCCAUUCGAUUCGUUUGCGACGGCGAUGCGGACUGCAAGGAUCACAGCGAUGAGCAGAUUAAGGAGUGCAAGUUUAUAGAGGCCACUUGCUCGUCGGACCAAUUUCGCUGCGGGAAUGGCAACUGCAUACCGAACAAAUGGCGCUGCGAUCAGGAGAGCGAUUGUGCCGAUGGCUCCGAUGAAGCCAACGAAUUGUGCAUGAACGCCUGUCCCAACAACGAGUUCAAAUGCCAAACGGUCGACCAGUGCAUUCCGCGCAGCUGGCUCUGCGAUGGCAGCAACGAUUGCCGCGACAAGUCCGAUGAGGCGCACUGCAGAGCUCGAACCUGUUCGCCGGAUGAGUACGCCUGCAAGAGUGGCGAGGGGCAAUGUGUUCCUUUGGCCUGGAUGUGCGACCAGAGCAAGGACUGCAGCGAUGGCUCCGAUGAGCACAACUGCAACCAGACCUGUCGUGCCGACGAGUUCACCUGCGGCAAUGGCCGUUGCAUCCAGAAGCGUUGGAAGUGCGACCACGACGACGACUGCGGCGACGGUACCGACGAGAAGGAGUGCCCAGUGGUGCCCUGCGACUCCGUGGCGGAGCACACCUGCACCAAUGGAGCCUGCAUUGCCAAGCGUUGGGUCUGCGAUGGUGAUCCGGACUGCUCCGAUGGCUCCGAUGAGCGGUCCUGUGCGAAUGUGACCAAGACGACCACGCCCUGUUUGUCGCACGAGUAUCAGUGCAAGGAUCGCAUCACCUGCCUGCAUCACAGCUGGCUCUGCGAUGGUGACCGCGACUGUCCCGACGGCGACGAUGAGCACACGGCCAACUGCAAGAACGUCACCUGCCGGGCGGACCAGUUCCAGUGCGGCGAUCGCAGCUGCAUUCCAGGACAUCUCACCUGCAACGGCGACAAGGACUGCGCCGAUGGCAGCGACGAGCGGGAUUGCGGUUUGAGCCUCAGUCUGGGCGUCAACCAAGGUGGAUGCAACGCAACCAGCGAAUUCGACUGCGGUGGUGGUCAGUGCAUCGCCAUCUCGAAGGUGUGCGACAAGAGGAAGGACUGUCCGGAUGGCGAGGAUGAGCCGGCUGGCAAGUGCGGUAUAAACGAGUGCGCCUCGAAGAACGGCGGCUGCAUGCACCAGUGCAUCGAUUUGAAGGUGGGCCACCACUGCGAGUGCCACGAGGGCUACCAGUUGUCGCCGGACAAGCGGAACUGCCUGGACAUCAAUGAGUGCGAUGUCCCCGGCAAGUGCUCUCAGAUAUGCGUGAACGAAAUUGGCGGUUUCAAGUGUGAGUGCGAGGCGGGCUACAUGAGGGACCCCAAAAAUCACACCAGAUGCAAGGCCAGCGAAGGACACGCCUCCCUGCUCCUGGCCAGACGCCAUGACAUCCGCAAGAUAGCACUCGACCACAUGGAAAUGACCUCCAUCGUGAAUAGUACAAAGGCAGCCACUGCUCUGGACUUUGUGUUCCGCACAGGUAUGAUCUUCUGGAGCGAUGUGACCACCCAGAGUAUAUACAAAGCACCGAUUGAUGAGGGCAACGAAAAGACGGUGGUGCUGACCAAAUCCUCGGUGACCUCGGAUGGCCUGGCUGUGGACUGGAUCUACAACCAUGUCUACUUCACGGACACCCACAAGUGCACCAUCGAACUGACCAACUUCGAGGGCAGCAUGGGCAAGGUCCUGGUGAAGGACUCCCUGGACAUUCCGCGUUCCAUCGCCUUGGAUCCCAUCGAGGGCUGGAUGUACUGGUCCGACUGGGGCGCCUCUCCGCGCAUCGAAAGGGCGGGCAUGGAUGGCUCCCACCGCACCACCAUCAUCAGCUACGACGUCAAGUGGCCCAAUGGCAUCACUUUGGAUCUGGUGAAGAAGCGCAUCUACUGGGUAGAUGGCAAGCUAAACGUCAUCUCGUCGGCGAACUAUGAUGGCUCGCAACGGAGCCAGGUGCUCUACUCCGGCGAAUACCUGCGACAUCCCUUCUCGAUCACCACGUUCGAGGACAGCGUCUACUGGACCGACUGGGACAAGCAAGCCGUCUUCAAGGCGAACAAGUUCACUGGGGAGGAUGUGGAGCCCGUCACAGCAAUGCAUAUGCUCCAGCAUCCGAUGGUGGUGCAUGUGUACCAUCCUUAUCGCCAGCCGGAUGGCGUGAAUCACUGCCAGUCGGUGAAUGGCCACUGUUCUCAUCUCUGCCUGCCAGCUCCCAGGAUCAAUGAGAGGAGUCCUCGCAUAUCCUGCGCCUGUCCCACAGGCCUGAAGCUGAUGGCCGAUGGCCUUAUGUGCGUCGAGGAUCCACUUUAUUUGCCGCCAGUCACGAGACCCCCGCGUGCCCGCAAAACGAAACCGAGGCCAAAAUCCCCGAGGAGGCGACUGCCCACGGGUGUCCAAGUGGGUCAUGUUGACACUCGGAUCGAAAUUAACGAUGAUCUCCAGCUGAGCACCAGGCUGCCCCGGUUGCCCACGACUUUCGUUGCUGACCAGCGUCCAGUGAAAAACCAUACUCAAAUCGAAAAGACCACAACGCCCAGUGAGCAGCCGGAUUCCGGCUUUAUUGCACUGGUGGUCAUAGCCAGUCUCAGUGGAUUCGCAGUCCUGCUAUCGGUGCUCCUGCUCAUUGGCUACCGCUACUGCAGCAAGCGACGCAUCAACUCGAUGAACUUCGAGAAUCCCAUCUACCGCAAGACCACAACCACAGAGGAUCACUUCAGUUUGCGCAAAAACCUGCCGGCGCGGAUCUACGACCACACCAGUGUCAUGGAUGAGGAGUACUCACCCGUCAUAGGCAUAUCCUCGUAUUAGAUUGAUUCCUCCGGAAUCGUGUGAAAUGUGGAUUGGAUGAUUGUUGCGCUUGGUCGCUGGGAAAAUUGGAUGACCAAUGCCAAACUCGAGACCCGCGGCAGAAACACACACGCCUGAAGACUGAGCAACUCUGUGUAUUGUGUAAAUUAAUUAUUUUAAAAUUUUAAGGCACGGCAAGGACGGCGGGUCACCUUGGAGCGCAUCCUUAAAGGAUGCUGUACAAAAUACUAUGUCGCAGAGUUCUAUCACAAAAAAACUAAAAAAACACAAAAAAAAGAAACAGAAAUAGUUACGAGAAACGUAAAAGAAAACGAGAAAUCUAAUUGCUAAUUAUAAAUUACAUAGUUCCAAACUGUAUAUAGCUGUAAGUGUGCAUUAUUUUUAAAUGAAAGCAAAUUAAUAUUACUAUACGUAAACAUGACAAAAAGAUCAUUGAUUGCUGAUGGUCUACUAUUAGAGCGAGUUGAGAAAUUAUAUUUCUGUUGUCGUGGAGCAGAGUCGUUUUAUUAUUAUAAAAUUAUUAUUACAUACGUAUUAGCCUUUUGUUAAAUGUAUUUGUUAAGUGUACAUACAUAUGUAUAUGUUUCCCCACUAAAAAGAAAAUACGAUGAAUAAUAAACUCAGAAUAUACUUAUGUGUAGCGUA